ACCAUUGGACACAGGCACUGAAUGACACCAGAAGUGUUUUUUUCUUGUUUGUUUUGUUUUUCUUUUUCUGGCAGAGCUUUGCAUGUGCUUAUGAGAUAGAUGGGGAGAAAAGCUUUUUGUAUUUGAGGGGCUUCUGAAGUCAAUGCCUUUUGAAAGAGAUACUAACCCAUUAUGACAAAAACAUCUAGUUUCUUUAAGAACAGAUUGAAGUCUAUACUAGAUGAGAGUACAUUCUGCACAUUAUGGGACUUUCUAGACUACUGGAUCUUAAGCAAUGCUUGGAUACCAAUCCUAUUCAUAAUUCUCCUAGGAGUUGCUUUUGAGAUAAUCCUCGUAAGAACUUGUGAAUUCUUUAAGAAGAAGCUUGAACUAUGGGAACACGAAAGUUCACAUUCUCGGAAGAAUGAAGAUAGUUUACCAAAAGGCAUGACAUUUGCUUUGGAGAGCUGGUCAAUUACCCACACGUCUUCAGCAGAAAGAAUUGAAACCUUUUCAGGAAGAGUUACAACUACUUCUCCAUCUGAAGAGAAUGGAGAUAACAGUAGAGAAAGAGCUUUUUCUUCAUACGACGACUGUGAAUUUCAAGAAAGCCAUUUUUGUGAAAGUCACUCAUCUUCAGGUGGGACCAGUGCACCUUUGUCAAUGUUUCACUCAGAAGUAAAGAAAAUUUUCAUAAGUCACAGAAAAGAUCCGCAAAGUAAAUAUCAAGCAAUACAAUUUUCAUCUAGUAAUCUAUUUUCAAUAAUGAAAACCAACAGUACAAAAACCUCACUUCCUGAUGAUAUUAGUUUUCAAAGCACGUUUCAGUUUAUAAGAGAUAAGGAUCUCAAUGUGACACCAUGCCCUCUUGUCCAUUUAUUUCUUUCUGGUGACCAAAUUAGACAAGUAGAAGAAAAUAUAAGAAGAAAAAUCCCUGUGAACCCCAGAGCUAUGUUAGGGAGGGAAGCUGACUAUCUGUACCACAGAUAUCAGGAGCCAUUGAUUUAUGAUCUACAUUCUAAUCAAAUAUUUAUUCCUGCCAAAGCACAAGAUACUUUCCUGGACCAAAAUGCCAUACAGAAUCAGAUGAUUCGUGAAGCACAUUUUACUAGACAAACUCAACAGUUUAUUUACAACCAAGAGUCAGUCAAUAGCCAGCGUGGUUUUGUUCAACCUCUAGAUUUGAUGAGAGUGCCAUUUUCAAGCAGUAUGCAAAACUCCUUCCAGGCCCAAGAUAUAGACCAUAAUGAUAAGAGCCAACAUUUCAUCCACAUUCCAUGUAUUGUUGAAAUACAAGACUCAACCAACGGCAAACAGCCUGAUAAACAUUUCAGUGAGACCCAAUAUUCUAUUUAUUUUAAUGACCCUAACAAAAGUAACCAUUUAGUCAAAGAGCAACAUAGUGAUUUCCAAACUGCUGACUUUCUAUCUUUAAAUCCAAAUUCAUUUGCUGAGGUUGUGUCACAACAAAACAUAAUGCCAGAAGCCCAGCAACUCGUGGCUUCAUUGGAUUCAAGCCACCAUUGUGCAUACAGUUCAAUGUCUCUUUCACCCACCGUUAAAAGGCAAAGGAGAAAGAUACCAAACAAAAGAAAACUCAAUCUUAAAGUUCCAUCUCUAAAAGCAAAGAAAACGUCUUGUUCACAGGUAUUUCCAAUCAUAGUAUGUCAUACUUCAGAAAAUAAGAUUGAGUUAAGAUGUAAGAAGAAGAAAAUAGUGCAUCAAAGGAAAAUCAUGUCAGAUAUAGCAUUGCAUCUUAUUUCUAAGCUAAUCUCUAAGCUCAUCACUCCCCACGCUAAAAAGUAUUUCUCAAAAAAUCUAAUGAUGGUCAUUCCAGACUUAAUAAAUUAUGAACAUUUUCUGCAGGAGCAACAUAGAUCACCAGAUAUAGAAAAAAUCAAUUAUGCAAGUUCUACUGAUACAGUAAUCUUGAGUAUUACUGAAAACAUUAAACACUCAUCCAUGGUCAACACUGAUGAACUGACAGCGCCUUGUUCAUUAUUUGAAACAAAUGGAGAGAGGAUUCGUGAGGACUCACAAGUUGAGCACACGCUUGACCUGAACAUUCCAAAGCAUGAGGUGCUUUCAGAAAUGUUAACAGAAUCUCCACAGAAAGAUGUUUCAUUUCCCAAAAUAGAAUCAGAUGAAAGAAUGGAAGUCCAGAAGGACAUACAAACUACAAAGAGUGUAGAUGAGUUAACAGUCAGUACACCAAACACACAAAAGUGUUUUCCAAAAGAAGAAAUACAGAAUGCCAAAAAUUCAAUGGACAUCAUUCUGAGCUUUUCAGGUAUCAACUUACUCAUUUCCUUAGGAUCCCAAAAGCAUGAGAAAAAUGAACUGAAAGACAUAAAUGUUCAAGUGGUUACAGGAAGCAUAAAUCUGAAGGAAGAGAAACCACCAAUGAAUAAUAUUAUAGAAUAUGAUAAACAAACUGACAGUGAAAAGCUGGAAUGCAACACUACAAGCAAUAAAAAACAUAGACAUCAGUAUGAACUGGUGUCAGAUACCUCCCAUAAUGCUAUGCAGACUACCAUUUCUGAACCCUUUGGUAAGGAAAUAUGUAGCAAGUUAAAAGCCAAGACAGACACACCAAUAAUAAAUCAUAGUCACUCUGCACUACAGGAGAAACUACUAGAUGAAAAGAAAAUCCAGGAACUAAAGCAUGUUGAUGAGAGUUCCGUACUCAGAAAGCCACAAGAGUGUGACAGGGAUAAAGAAGAAAACAGUAGAGAAACAGUUCCACCGCUGGCAGAAGACUUGAGAGUCGUCGUAUGUCUUAAGCAAAAGGUUGAAAGUGACCAAUCUGAAAUGGGACAGAUACAUUCAGAAAAUAAAACAAUUCAAAGUAAAGAGAAAGAAGUCCAGUCACAGACUAUUUCUACACAGACAGUAUGGAAGACCAGCUCACGGCCUUCACCAGAUCCACUACAAGUUGAGAACGUGUGGCAAAGAACAGACAAACCUACAGACAGAGACGAGGCUGCCGGUCUCACGCACCCACCUUCAGUGUCAGAGAACUUGCCCACUAGUGAAUAUUUAAUUGAAACAAAAGAAUGUGGCAUUCCAUUUAGUGGAAAGUCCACAAAGACAUUGGAUGGUCAUAUUACAGAAGACAAAAAAGAUUGGAAAAAUGACGUAUGUGCAGUUGCCAUAGGACCUUUCAAAACCAGAAAAAAUCCAUCAGGAACAAAAAAUGUACUCAGUGUCAAACAUGAAAUUAUAAAAAUGAAGAAACCUUCAGGUUUCCAGAGACUUUUUAUUAGGGUAUAUGACACUCUGAUCCAUAGGAGAAAAGUGAGAGGCAGCUUUGAAAGCACCAUUAAAGAAAUGCUGUAUAAUGCAACGUUGGCACCCAGACCUCUGAAAGUUCGCCCUCAGAGGUCCAGUACUCCCAAUAAUAAAAUAAAUAUCAAAAUAACACACCCCAAACCCCAAGUUGAAAAGAAAGAAAAUAAUUUAGAUUCCCUUACUAAAGAAAAUGAAGCCAAAGACACUCUAGAAGUUCAAUCAUGCCAUGGUGUGAAAGUGCUGGAGCAGGCGCGGCAGGAAAGACAGGCUCACAAAAAGAUGAGCUUCAGCGCUGAUACACAACCAGUGGUGGAGAUUAAAAUGGAGAAAGAAAUGUUUCAAGCAGAAUCUUUCACAGAAGAAAGUGAGACGUCAGUUGACUCAGUAAGAAUGGACUCAUUUUAUGUUGCAAGUAUAAAGAACAUCACAUCUACUGAAGCGGAGCCCCUGAACUGUGCGGAACUAGAGUCGGCUCCUCCAACACCAGAAAAAUUACCGAUAGGAGACUCUCUGGGUCAAUCCAGAGAAAGCAGUGUUCCAGAUAAUGGAAGUGAUACAAGGAAAAUUAGUUGUGGAUUUACCCAAAAAGCUUUGUUGUGGCUUUUAAGUUACUGCAUGCCUGUUUUGAUCCAUUCUAAAAAGAAAAAAGACCGAACAAAAUUCACAAACAUGAGCACAGUGAAGCUGAAGAACGUGAAUAAGGUGAAACCAGCAGCUUCAAAGACAUUCAGUAUCAGACACAAUAAAAAGAAGUCAAAAUUAGACCUCAAGGCCAAAUUUAAAAAGAUGAACCAAGAUAAAGCAUUUUUACCUGAAUUUCAAAACACUAUUUGCUCAACCAUCCAUAGCAGAUUGCAGGGGUUGUUCCAUCACGCUCAAGUAAAGCAAGGAGAACUAGCAAGCAAAAUAUGUGUUGCUUGCACUGCUGAGAGUAGUGCAUUCUAUAAUAGAGAGAAAAAGCUUCAAGAAGAGAAACAAAACCCUUUUUUACAUGCACUUCAGCAUGGCCAACACCUGUGGGUUGAUGCAGAUCAAAGGAAGGAAACUCUCCCAGACCUAUCACCCUCCUCUGUUCAACAAGAACAACCUGUUAACAGUCAAAAUACAAAAGGCCAAAAAGAUUCCCUGCAAAACACUUUAAAGGCUAACCUACAAAUGGAUCCCCUAGCAGCUGAAGGAUUACAGGAAACUACCAAAACAGAAAAUGGUGUAAACUACCCUGUGGUUCCUAAAAUUUUAUUUUCUAAAGUAGGGACCUCUUUGCCUGGUGAAUUUGUAAACACGAUGGUUGAUGAUUUAAAAUUUAACAAAAUCUCUGAAAGUAAACGAGGCUUGUAUCCAGUCGUAAACUAUUCAGAGACCUCAACAGAUCUGCAGGUGACAUUUCUGCAGUCUUCCGACUCUGUUACAAGAUGCUUUGUUUCUAAACUUAAAGGAGAGAGAAAAACACUAAGAUCAAAGAAGCAGACACCAGUGAGUCAGAGACGUAGAACUAUGCGUGAAAUAAUACCACCACAGACAGUUAACUUCAAAUACAGCAAGAAACUAAAACAUAACAAGGAAAUGACAGGUCCAGAGCAAAGGAUUAACAUAGCAGCUGCCUGUUUGGACAUUGUUCCUUCCAAGGUACAUAUUUUGUCCAACAAAAAAAUUAGAAGUUCAAAACCACAGACAGAGAGACUAAGAAGACUUGGUCAUUUGCAACUAAUGCAAGAGUCACCCAAUGGAAGAAGUGCACCCUGCUCAGGUUCUGCUGACGAAACUAGUUUCUCCAGCAUGACGAACUCUGAAGAGGAGGGGAAAGAGAAACCAGAAGACUUCCUGGUCUCAAAAAAUAGCCCUUGCCUUACAUUUAGUAUGAAUCAAGAAAAAGACCACAAUGUUGUUAGAUCAGACAAACAAGUGAACCAGUUAGUGAGAACAACCACUCAGGUACAGCCACAAACACUCACAGAAGCUGUUUUGAGUUCUGCAAAAUGCCCCAUCCCAGAUGAAUUUCAGUUAGAAAAGCCAGAGGCCUUUUUCAGUGUUUCCCCUUUAAAGUUUGGGGAGGCCGAGGACAAUGCAUUAUCUGAAAGAGAAUGUGAUCUAUUGCAUGAAAGACAACACAAUGAACACACUAGUGACAGCCAGAAGGAGGUAAAGGAACUAUUGGUCCCAUACAUUAAUCCAAACUAUAGUGGGGAAAUGAAAUGUUACUCAACCAAAAUGAAACACAUACAUCAGGAGAAAAAAUUUGCAGAUGAAACUUCCUCUUCAAAAACUGCUGCACCUGAUAUUAAUAUGAGCAGCAAGGUAGAAAAUGGCUCACUGAGUGAAAAAACACCCAGUUUUAUGCAAAUGAAGUCAGAGAUACUGUGUCAUAAAGGGAAGGUUACUUCAGAUGAUAUCAAAGAAAUUGAUAUUCACGAUAAAGAAAAAAAGCAAAAUGAUGAUGGCACAUUAUCAAUGUCACUCCCACAGCACAGCCAACAUUUUGUAUUUUUUUCACAUCCAGGCAGGGAUCCCAACUCUCAUAAAGUAGAGAAACAAGGAGGGAGAGACAUUCUGUUCAUUGUAGAACAAGAUGUCACACAGCAGAGUCAGACAGCAGAUAAAACUCAAGGAGAGUAUGACACAUACACAUCAGUGUCAAAGCUUCAUUCCCUGAAAUCAGAAGACUCACAAAUAGAUGCGGUUAAGACUGUUAGAAGAAGAUACCACAAUCCAGCUGAUGGGACUCAGGCACAGGGGCUGGAUAGUUAUGAUAGAUUGGGUACAGAUGAGCUUAAAAGUGAGCUGCAAGCAGCCAUCUCCGAGUCUUUGGAUCUCUCACCCCCUGAUGUAUCAAGACCUAAAAGACAGAGCACGGUGUUUACACACAAAGCCUUACGAGGUGAAAUGUGCUCAACUGGUGUAACUAGGAAAGGAAGGAGAGCAUUAGUUUCAAAGGUAUUGACUAUCCCACAGUGUGGUCACAGAAAAAACCUACUUCCAAAAACCUUGAAAUCACAGAUUAUUGAAUUAUUAUUACAUUCUGGUGUCUUGCCUGAUAGCCUUAAUAUAAUCAUAUUGGAAGAUCCAACAUCAGAGAGAAGUAAAAGAUUAACACAAAAAUUGGCAGCAAUAAUGUUAAAGACUUUGGGUUUGUCCACACCUACAUGUAAAGAAAAUAAGAAUUUAAAAUUCAUGGACGAGAGAGAUAAAAUGAGUACCAAUUAUCUAACUGUUAACGCGAGUAAAGCAGCAAUCUCUCAGACACGUAUUACUGCAGGAUGCGGAACACCAAAACAGUGUGAACCCGUGGCAGUUUCAUCCCUGAAUGCCACCUUCUUUCCUAUGGCUGUGUCUCUUGAUGUUAGCACAUGUAAUGGGGUAAAGGAUAGGGCUAUAAGGUGGACAUCGAGAUCCAGUAGUGAGCUUCAUACCCAGUCAAUUCAUGAGGAGAGACCUUGUCACGCACACUCCACUGGCAAGGAUGCUACUUCUAAUGGCACCAAAGAUAUACAAAUUCAAGGUGAAGAAGGAAACCUACUGAGUUCCCAGCACAUCAGUUUCAGUUCUCAGAAUAUGUCAAGGCCUGAUUCUGUGAAAUCUGGUUUACAGCUGAUUAAUUCAGCAACAUAUUGUGAGUCAGAGAGCGCUCUAUAUGAUGGGCAAGCACAGUCAGUCAAUGUAAAUAACCAGCAAAGCAGCAUGGAAGAUGUAAUGUUGCAUCUUCUGAAUACAGAGGAAUCUGAGAUUGGCUCCCUGUGUAACAACACCUGGGAUGGAAAUCUCAGGAGAAAGUGUAACUACCCCGUGUCUGAACAAAAAGCAUGGACCCAAAAGAACUUGAGAACUUUGAAACCUUUACAGGAGCCCAGCCUUAUGUCAUCUGGAAGAAAAAGUGAGAACUGCACAUUGAAGUUUCCAGGCAAAAGAGUGAUGAGUCCCAUGACAAAACAAGAUUCAAGGCUGCUUAAUGUUGCAAGGCAGAACACAAGAGUCCAUAGAAAGAAAAGGUACCAUAAUAAUAAACACCAGUUGAGAAAGAUGGUACGUGUGGAAGAGGUACUGAAUCAUGCUAUUGAGGAUGUUGAGAUUUGUCCACUCAAAUUCAUAACUGAUGAACUGUCACUUGAUACAGCAGAAAGGACUGCUUUUUAUAGCAGAAUACCUCAAAGAUUCAUGGCAGAGGAAAAGGCAAAGUUACAAGCAAACUUAGCCACAACUUUCUUGGGACCUUACAUACCUGUUUUAUUUGACUUUAAAAGUCAGGUAAACAUAAUUAAAUUACCAGAAAAUGAAAGUGUGUUGAAUCAGAGCUUUUCAACUAUGAAAAAAAAGAAGCUAUCAGUUUCAAAGAUAAUUAAAAUAAAUGGAUACUUUAUUACAAAUCGUAAGAAAGGUAAAUUAAGAGCCAAAAUGAAAGCCAUAGGACUCAGUGAAAAUUUAACUGAUGUACUUGAAAACACUGUUCACUCCAUAUCAACGAUCUCUCACAGAAAAAAUAAAUUCAAAGCAGAGGUAGGUUUAGGAAUGUCAAAGUUUGCUCAGGCCCAACCAACACUUGGGGAGUCGUCAGUUAAAGGCAUCCUAGAGUAUGAUGGUUCUGUUGACAAAGAUGGUUCCAACAUGCAAGUAAGCCUCAAAAAUGCACUUUCAAAUGUGAGGAAAUUACACGAUUGCUUAGAAAUCUGUAAGCCGGCCAGUAACACUACCGAACUUGGCAAAAAGAAAACUAGCCAGUCUUUUUUAAAAGAAAACUAUCCAUUUUAUUUGAAAGAAAUUAUUACUUCUAUUACCAGGAAUUUAGUGACUUCCAAAGAAUUUAAAAAGCACAUUGGUAGCAUGAGAGUAUCUAACCUGCCAGCUCACAAAGGUAUACCUUCACAGAUAAUGGAGUCCACAGAUUCACAGUCACCUCGUGUAGAAUUGGAGGCCCAGGACUUUAGAACCCCAGAGAUAAAAGUAGAUAAUGAUAAGGUAAAUACAGACAUAAAACCUGUCUAUCCAUGUAUACCAAUUCAACAUAUAAAAACAGAGUUAUCGCGUAGAAUAUGGGAUAUGUAUAGAAAAUCUGCAAAAGGAAAAUGCUUGGACAAAGCAAUAGUGAAGAGGAAAGAGGAGUUUGGACAGCCAAGUUCGUUUAAAAUAGCGUCACAAGGAGUCCAGCCAUUUGAAGCAGAUCAAAAGACACAACCUGGUCCUUUCCAGCCAGAAGAAGUCUUUCCAGCUAAUACAGUGCACCCCAAGGACAUCACACUUCAAAAAAGAGCUAUUUAUUUAAUAGAUCAAGAAGGAAACACAAAAGCUGGAGAAAAGUUUAGCCAAGAGGUUGUCCUUUCUUGUAAUGCACGUUCUCAUCACAUUGAAAAGCAGAACAAUGAAUUUAAAACAGGUUGGAAAACAACGUCCUCAUCUUUUGCCCUACUCAAGAAACAGGAAAAGCCUACUACCUUGGGACCUAUGUGGAGGUCUUAUGCCAGUGACUGUACCUAUCUUGAAACUAUAAGACAAAAAGAUAAGGUAAACAUAUCAAAUGUGAAAAGUGCUACGUGUGCCAAACAAAUAAAGCUGAAGGCAAGGAAAACACCAGUUUCUCCACUUCUUGGACAUGGGGGCAGAAGCAAUAAAAAAGAACUAGGACACAGCAUGCAUCAUCAGAACACAUUAGAGUUGAGGAAAAAUAUACAAAACCUGGUUCUAAAAGCUAUUUUUGACUCUGGGUACUUUACCUGCCUAGUUAAAAAGCCUACCAGAAUAAAACCGGAGAAAGGCAAGCUGGAAGAGAGAAAAAACAUAUCUCCACCAAUAAUUAUGGAGAAACCAUCUACCCAAAGGCAAAUGUCAUGGUCACAAGGUGUUGAUGUAUCUAGAAAACUAGAAGACAACAUUGAAGAGGCACUUGAUCAUAGCUCUUUCAAGGACAUUCACCAACAAUGUAUUCGACAAUUUUGGGUUAAGUCAGAACACCCUUGCAAACCAGAAGAUUUACAAACAAGGAUGAAGGCUGAGUUAACUUCACAGAAAGCAGAAACUGAUAGUCUUGGCCUAGAUGACCCAAGAACUAGAAGAACAAAAGUCUACAGUGACCCACAAGACAGCCUACAACACAAAUAUUCCCUGAAGAAAGGGACAUGUGAACCAGGAGUGGUUAUCCAGCCUACGAAACAGUUUUCUCAUUUCAGAAUGACAAAUGAAUUCACAAUGAAACAAGACAUCAAACCAUCAAGUCCACAGAGGAUAGGAAGACUGAAAGUAAUGGAUAAGCCAUUAGAUUCGAAGGAACUGUUGCUUUCUCCCGGGCUUAUGGUACAGCAACAAAAGCUUUUCACAGAUCCUUUUCUGGGAUUCAUUUCCUCUCGUGCACCACAUCAGCCUCGUAGUGAAGAACCAAAGGAAGACAUGAAAAUACGUAACAAAAUCUUAAAGAAUUUGACCCAACAGCUAAAGAGAAUCUCAAAUGAAGACGAUAUUUCUGAUAUGGAUCACAUGCCAAGAAGUAUUGAAAAACUACUCUUGUUUAUUAAAGAACAAAAAAAGAGAAGAAAAAAAAGGAGAGGGGUUAAAAAAAUUGAAGUAGCAGAAGACAUAAAAACAACAAUGAGGAAGUCCAUUCCAUCUCUAAAUUAUUCACCAUCAAGAACACAUUUUAUCAACACAAUAAAGAGCAGUGGUAUGUUCAGGCGAAGAGAUAGGACAGAGACAACCAGGAGAAUGGGCACAUUGUGGAGACAGCAAAGGCUGUGUGUGCAAGGCAUCAGCCUAGACUGUGUUUAUACAGAUGAGCUCCCUUCCAAAGUUAUAUGCCAAAACAGAAGAAGAACAGCAUCCACAGAAAGUGUUCUGUAUCAAAAAAGGAUAAAUAUGAAAGUGAAGAAGACAACUUCUGGAAGGCUGGUUAACAUUACAGGUUAUAGAACCCUUAGCUUCAGAAAGGAACUAAGACAGAGCAUGAAGACACAGAAGGAGCUGCCACAAGAAAAAAUGGUGGCAGAUUUACUUUGUAAGGAGUUGUGUGCUUCUGACUUCAUUGCAUCUCAAAUAAAAAAACUUAUGAAAGAAAGAGAGGGAAGAGGCAAGCCACAAAAGCCAUAUAUUCCUCCACAGAUGAAACUGAAGAAAAUGAAUAAAACGGAAAAGUUAUCUGUACAGCCAGUUGAAAACAAUUCAGUAUCAAGCACUGUCAGAAAAUCAACACAAUAUACUAUAAAACACAAAGAACACCAAAUGGUUUUACUAGAUAUUAUCCCACAAAAUAAAGAUUCAUUAAUGACUAGUCAACAGGUGAAGGAGCUUAAACAUGGCAAACUCAGUUCCCAUUUGGAACAAGAAGCAUACCGUGUUGUGUUUCCAGAGACUGAAGAAACCAAUUACAGGAGUCUUGAGGCUCAAAGACCCACAGAAGUUACAGAUUUUGAAUUCUCCACUGCACAAAGCAUAAAGCAAGAAGUUCUGAAAGACUCCGUCCAACAUGCAAUUUCAAUUCCACCCGGAAGAGAAGGACCCAAGAGAACAAAUAUUUCAAGUUCCAAAGAACAUGACAUAUUUCUCACGGAGCUGGAUACUCUCAAGGAAAAGACAUGUAAGGUGCAAGAACUGCCAACACAAAGUACUUCCAGGGUAGGCUUGGGGUCUGUUGCCUGUCCAGUUAAGGAGUCCUUUGACUCAGAAAACACUAAGUUUUUGCGUAAGAAUGAAAAACUGAAGGGUGACAUAGAAUAUGGAGUUAUGAAAGAUAGAAUAUGCCUUGAAAGGAAAGCCAUAAACCUGAAGAGGUUAGAACUUCCACCUAGUGGGUCCACUGACUCUGCUCAGAGCAAUAAAGCGGAGCCCCAGUGUUACAGAAAAGAGAAACUGCUGUGCAUCAAGCAUAGACAGGAUAGAGCAGGCUCAGUCGGCAGGAAUGCCUGCGAAGCCAUCCCUUUACCUCACUCCAAACUGGAUAAAGAGAACAUUGAUGUGAUCAUCUCGGUGUAA